AUGAGGGUGUGCAUUGCGCACUUCGAGCCGAAUUCAUUGUAUUAUUCAAAAACUGGCAAGGUGCUCAAAACUGUACAUACUGUCCCAAAGCAGGAAGUGCCCUCAAAUUCGAUUCAGUCGUUAAUCGUACCGGAAAAGGAUACUAUCGAAGAAAUACGUUGCACGCCGGCACCAGUUACGGACGUUCCGGACAUCCUCCAGCCAGUAAGUCCGUACUCCACGUUCAUCGAGGAAGAUGAGGUACUAGAAAACGGUCCGCUUCCGGAGUUGUCCCCGGCACGAUCUUCCAUGGAAAGUUGCAUUCCGUCUGCAGUCACCACACCAGCAAUUCCUGCGCUGGCACGGUCAGCAUGGUCCAAGUAUGGAUCUUUUAUUGCGCCGGAAGAUUUUCGCAAAGAGAUCCAGCGGAUCGCACAGGCUGCACUCGAGGUGGUUCCAGACACCCCGAGGCCAAUGAGCCCGUACUCUCUAUACAUUGAGGAAGAUGAAGAGCUGCACGACGUCCAACUUCCAGAGUUGUCCCGAGAAAGAGUACCUGAAACACCAGCAAGAUCUCCCGCGGCGAGCCAAGCGCGUUCUGCGGCAGCCCUGCCUGAGCAGGCACAGGCGGAAUAUGUAUAUGAUUUGAACGAAGAGAUCCGAGAAUGUGCAGUUGUUACCGUUUCCCAGCCAGCAAGCCCGUACGCCCCAUAUAUCGACGAAGAUGAAUUGCUAGAAGAUGGUCCGCUUCCAGAGUUGUCCCCGGCACGAUCGUUCGCGGAGGGUUCCGCAGGCAUGCCUGUAAGGUCCUUCGCGACGAAUUACGCUUGGUCUGCUGUACCAAUGGGAUGUACGUACUCCUCAUUCAUCGAGGAAGACGACGUGCUAGAAGACGGUCCGCUUCCGGAGUUGUCCCCGGCACGAUCGUUCGCUGAGGGUCCCGCAAGGACUGCGGCAGCCACGCCGGCAAGAAUAUCCGCGACGAAUUACGCUUGGUCUGCGAUACCAAUGGGAAGUCCAUACUCCUCAUUCAUCGAGGAAUAUGAGGAACUAGAGGACGGUCCGCUUCCGGAGUUGUCCCCGGCACGAUCUUCCACGAAAAGUUGCAUUCCGUCUGCGGUCACCACAUCAGCACAGGCUGCACUUGAGGAGGUUCCAGACAUCCCCAGACCAAUGAGCCCGUACUCUCUAUACAUUGAGGAAGAUGAAGAGCUGCACGACGUCCGACUUCCAGAGUUGUCCCGAGAAAGAGUACCUGAAUCGAGUUGUGCGCGGUCUGCAUCAGACACACCAGCAAGAUCUUCCGCGGCGAGCCACGCGCGUUCUGCGGCAGCCAUGCCGGAGCAGGCACAGGCGGAAUGUGUAUAUGCUUUGAACGAAGAGAUCCGAGAAUGUGCAGUUGUUACCGUUUCCCAGCCAGCAAGUCCGUACGCCCCAUAUAUCGACGAAGAUGAAUUGCUAGAAGACGGUCCGCUUCCAGAGUUGUCCCCGGCACGAUCAUUCGCGGAGGGUUACGCAGGGACUUCGGCAGCCACGCCAGCAAGAUCAUACGCUCGGUCUGCGGUAGCAGCACUGCCGCUGGGAUGUCCACGCUCACCUCAAACCUCGAUUUGCGAGGAAUGGACAAUCCUAGACCAAAUGGUUACAUCAACUCCUCUCUUGAAUUCUACGAUGGCAUCUGCUGGAAGCUGUUCUUUUGGAAAUGAAGCUUCCAUUUGCAAAGUUAAUUCUCGGAAACGGCGAAACUUGGAAGACAACGUUAGUUAUAGCACGGAAAAGAAAAGUUGUUGCGAAGUUCUGACUCAUUGCAGUGAAGAUAGCGAACACUCGGCAGUUUGUUCCAAGACGAAACAAGAGUACGAAGAUCUGGAAAAUUUGAAAUUCGACGUUGGGAUUCUGAUGGAGAUUCUCGAACUUCUAUCGCUGAAACGUCAGUGCAUGGACGACGAAGAUUUGAACUGCGGAAUAGUUUUUGAUGAGAUGUCCAUCAAAGAGCUCCGUCGGUAUUGUCCAGCCAAUCAAAAAUUUUUUGGAACUGUCACUGUUGGAGGUGGACAGGGGAAACUGGCCAGUCAUGCUUUGGUGUUCAUGCUCGUUGGGAUGAAAAGAAGAUGGAAACAGAUUAUUAGCUACGAGUUCACCGGAAACAGCAUUCCCGCAAACGUUAUCAAGAACCGUAUUCACCAGCUGAUCGAGUUAGUUGAAGGGAUAGGAUUUCGCGUCAAUUUCGUCGUAUCUGACUGUAGCGGUAGCAACAAGCGGUUCUGGAAGGAGUCGGGACUUCAGUACAAGAAGGACACUGUGUUGAAUAGCCAGGCAAUGCAACAUCCGGUCGACAAAACGCGAUCACUUGAAAUCAUUCCUGAUGCGGUGCAUGUAUUUAAAAGUGCCGUCCAAGGUUGGCUCGCCAACGAGAUUAUCGAACUACCAGAGGAAACAGCAAGGGAACACAACCUGCCUACACGAACAGCGAGCAUAUGGCAUCUUCGAGAUUUGGUACUAUUUGAACAGCAUAACAGAUUGAAAUUGGUUUCUAAGUUAAAUGCUGCCGACGUUGAUUUCAAUUCUCAAAAAUCAAAUCAUUUUGAGAAGAUGAAAGUACCUUUUUCCGCCAAAUAUGUGAACCACACUAAUGCAGCUGCUCUACGACUGUUUGCCAAGGUGGCAAAUCGCCCAGAUGUCUUAGCUACAGCUUUCUUCAUUGAAAGUUUGGCGAAAUGGUUCAGUUUAUCCACAAACCGAAGUCGUGUUCUUGCAUUCAGUAAAGCCAACAAGGAAGCGUACGAUAAAGCUGUAGGUUUCAUGCAGUUCAUGCGGAAGUUCAUCUUCACGAUCACGGUUGGGGAGGAUAAAAGAUGGAAGCCGUGGCAAGCAGCGCUGAUACUGAACGUGAACUCCGUCUUGAGAUUGCAAGCCUAUUUUCUGGACGUCCGGGGCUUCAAAUUUGUACUAACUGGGCGGCUAACGCAAGACUGCGUGGAGAACCUGUUCAGCCAGAUCCGGAUUCGUCAAAAAAAGCCUAACGCUCUACAAGUGAAGAACAUUUUGAAAAAUAUUUGUGUUGCACAACUGAUGGAUGAUGUUCAGGGAUCAUCAUACGAAUUUGAUGAUCGUGAGUGGUUGCUGGAUUUUACUAGCGUUAUCGCAGCACACAAACCACAAGAGAAGCAAAAUCCACCAACUGAAGCGACGAAAAAAGUUGUUCCCAAUCUGGACACUAUUGGGCUGAACGCAUUCUACCACGUUGCUGGAAAUAUUUUGGGCAAACUUUUGAAAAAGAUUAAUUGCGACAAAUGUGAAGCAAUUUGCACAGGUGCCGGAAAUGAUGUACCAUUCGCGGAAUUCACUCGAGAGAAAGACUUCACAGGACACUCGCUCGUUUAUGCAAACAAGGAAACAUUUGAUUUCUUUCUAGAAUUAGACACGAUUUUCAGAUCCCAUCCGUCGGAUUUUGAGGUUAGAAACAAAGACGUCGAAAUGGAUUUCAGCGCUCUUCUCCAGCAAGCGCAAAAGCUAUCCCACGAUACUCAGGUCUCCGAUGACUUGCCGCGGGUCGAGCGCACGCUGACGCAGGUGCUUCAAGCGACCCAGGAGCUGCACUCGCGCGUCUCCCAGACCGCUCGCUUCCUGCGCAACGAGAAGGAGAAUGCGAUUCUGUCCGUUAUCGAGGAGGUGCACAAGAACUCGUUGCAGGCGGCGCAGAACGCCAAGUGGGAGCACACGAUGAACGACUGGAAGCUGGAAAAGGUGAAGCUGAUGAACGCGUUGGUUGGGCCGUCGCAGAACUGGAUGGACAUCCGGAAGGGGCCGGAGCAGACAACCUUGAACGAGAGCACGUUUGGCGGAAGGUCGUCGUUGAACAACCAAAAAAUGGCGUACGCUCGGGAGGUGUACGAAUACAACAAGUUGAUCAACGAGGGUGCGAUGCGACCGUCGCUGGUUCAGCGGUUCGCCCAGGUUGCGGAUGGGUUCAACGACUCGAAAGUUAGUGACAUCUGGGAGAUCAUGAAGUACAUGCCGAGCGUGAAACCCAGUCCGCGUACUCAGGAUCCGCUGCGAGCCCGUUGCACCCAGACGCAGUUUAUCGAGCAGGCCAAGCGAUAUCUGGAGAAUCGUUACAAGCUGUUCAUGCAAACGGUCAUUGCGGAACAUCUGCGGGACGCGCAACGCGGUGGAAUCUCCAGUAUUCUGAACCUGGUUGGAUCGUUCGUCGGAUUAAAGUUCGCCAACCAGAACCAAAACUUAUGCUUAUGAUGAAUAAUUGCGUAUCAAUUAAAGUGAUAAUAAGCUUAAUAAAAUUUUCUUAAAAGUAAAUUAAAAACAAAAACAUGAUAUAGAUAAAAAUUACUUCUUGAUAAAAAAAAUGUCGGAAAAUUGAUAUUUUACCAGGGCAAGGAAAUUUGCUCUAACUAAACAAAAUAAAAUCAAAAUAUCAUCUCAUGAUGCAGGGUUUUCGAAAAUGCAAUUUUGCAAAUUAAAGUUGAAUGAAUAAAUUAAUAAGGGUUUUGUCCAUCCGCUCGGAUGUAUGUUUAAAAAUAUUUUAAAUCUAAAUGAAUUUUAAAGAAUUCGUUGAAAACAAUCAUUAUAAAAAAAGUAUAAUAUUCAUAGUUACUCUUUGUUUUGUGGAAAAAAAAAUUUACAAAUCGUAAUUUUUUUUCAAAUAAUUAUUUUAUGUUUCUAUAUGGUACUUGCGUAUCGAGAUGAACCAUUUGAACUUUAAAAUAAUCUUAUGAUAUACGAUAACCAUUUCAGAAAACAUAUUUAAAUAGUUUGACAAAGUCGUCAAGAAAAAAAAUCACCAUUUCAAACUUUAAGAUAACUCUAUUACUUAUGGUAACUAUUUGACAAAUAGUCAUCAAGGUCCGCCAUUGGAACCAUUUGAACUUUAAAAUUACCGUAUGAUUUAGGGUAACCAUUUGAGAAAACAUCCGCAAAUAGUUUUUUAAAGUUAUCUAGAAAAUUGUUGACCAUUACAAACAUUAAAAUAACUCUAUUACUUAUGGUGACCAUUUGACAAAUAGUUAUCAAGGUCCGCCAAAUAACAUUAUUACAAAUGGUGACCAUAACUCAUAAGGUUGUUUUAAGGUCCUCACUAGAAUUCAUAUAGUUUUCGUUUA